AUGACAAGUGCUGCGGCAAUGAUAAGCGGCAGCGGUGGUGGUGGUGUCGAGGGAGGCACCGCAAUCCGGCCUAGCCUGAAGGAUUCUCGGGCGAGCCUCGUGCCGACGCCGGAGAAUGCCGGCAGCACUAGGCACAGCAGUACGCGAUCGCCCUCGUCCUCCUAUGCCUCGACGUCGCCGGCCCUUCCCAUGGCCGGUAUGAUGAUGCACGAGCCGGAGCGCAUCCGAAUGCGCGGUUCGGCUGCGGGCAACAACCGGCGGCGCGUCAAGGACUUCAACGACAGCAUAACUUGCACCCUCUGCAAUGGCUACCUGGUCGAGGCCACCAGCGUCAACGAUUGUUUGCAUGCAUUUUGCCGAUCGUGCAUCGUGAAAUACCUCGAGUGCAACAAGUACUGUCCCCGCUGCAAGUCGUACAACAGCAAACCGAUUACGGUCGCUAAUUUAAGACCGGAUCGAACACUUCGGGCACUCGUCUACAAGCUGGUGCCAGGUUUGCACAAAUCCGAAAACCAAAGAAUAGUACAGUUUUAUGCAUCCAUCUCGAGCAACAUCGUCCCAUCGGUGGAGGACGAUCCGACCGGGCAGGGUACGUUCCAACUGCUCGACGAUCAAAACUUCUUCUCCCCGGAUGAACCAAUCAGUCUGUCGCUGGAGUACCAUUACGAUGCGGUGGCGGAGCACGGUGGCGCAUCCAGCGGGCAGCUGCCCAUCACCUAUCUGCAGUGUCCGGCCGCCGUGACCGUGCACCAUCUGUACAAAUUUAUCCUCACGAAGAACGGGCUGCAGGUCGGCUCGGACAACAUUCGGGUGGAAAUUAUCUACGAGGAGGAGAUUCUGCCGCAUGAUUACACGCUGAUGGAUGUGGCGUACUGUUUCGACUACAAGCGGAUAGCACCGAUGCGGUUUUUCUAUCGCAUUCUCAUACACUCGACCGCAAAGUUGGCACCGACCGCGAGCGCAUACCAUCGCGUCGAGGGACAGGACAAAAAUAGCACCAAUAGCAGUAACAGCGGUAGUCCCGAUACCACUGGCCCUGCCAACCCUGGCAAGAGUUCUGCCGGCAGCGGUACCCCAACGGUGAAAACCACCCCAACUACUGCCGGUGUCAACGAUGGUCAGCGGCCAGGCAGCACGAAAACCAAAGCGGUACAGGGGUCCGGGGGCAGCAAACACCAACCGGCUGGUCGCGCCCCACGGGAAGAAACCGCUAAUAAUAGUGCCCCGAUGGCUGCUGUUAACGGUCAUCAUCGCACGAAAUCAUCGACGACGGCGACGAAGCCGACCUCGAGUGAAGUGGUUCGGGGUACUGCCCAGUCAUCGUCACCGGUAGUCACCAGCACUAGUUCGACCGGCCUCAAAAUGGUCCUCGUACCCAAAGGCAAACACGAAACAAAUGCUGCUGGAACUGCCGAAGCGAAACGGAGUCCACCGCCUCUCAAGGCCAUACAGUCAGCUUCCGCAGUUCCGCAGAAUGGUGGUGCCGCAGCCCUGAAGCAAUCAUCAAAAGAACCCACUGCUACCGGAAAAGAAGCAACGACACCGACAGUCGAAACGGAAAAAUCCACCCUGAAAUGCUACGUGAAUUUGAAAACGCAAACCGUCGUUGGUGCACCGUCGUCCUUGGAAAGUGUCCCAUCGAAAGCAUGCGAAAGCGAACCUCCGAAACAACCUCCGGCAGAGAUCCCACGGUUGAAGAUCGAUUUAAAGGCAAAGCUAAGCAUUCCGCGCGAAAAGCACCCUGGGUUGAGUCCGCCGAGCAGCAGCAACUCAUCGGCAGCCACAUCACCAUCGUCGGCCACCUCGGCGACGAGUUCGGCCGGUAAAAGUCCCGUUUGGCCCAUGGGGAAGGAAGAGUACGCGAAAACGAUCGGUCUGAAGCCGGUGUACGCGUCAAGUGUAGUACCGGAGGUUGGCCUGGAUGAGUCCUCUAGCCAUUCUUCCUCGCACCGGAAGCGCAAGAAGGGCAAACACUCGAAAGAAGCCGGUAGCAGUGGUAAGCGGCGUAAGUUGCACGCAGAAAUCUCAUCCCAGCAUGACGCAAGUCUGAAGAUGAAGGUUAAGCUUACGGAGAAACCACCCAAACACGAGCGGCUUAAGUCGUCGGGAAAUGAGGAGGAACCUGCACAGCCAAAAUCACCACGAGUGGUGGUACAGGAACCGGUACCAAGUCCUCCGAAGCCUCCGAAAGUGAUCGAUAUCACAAAGGACGACGAUGAGGUGAAGUUUGUUGCUGAGCAGAAGCCGACAAAUGUAAAGAGUCCUCCAGUGCCAACGGCUAUCGUGCCGAAGGACAUUCCGGUGAGUGCUCCAGCGUCGUCUACUUCUACCACCUCGAAGGAAAAGUUGAACGAGAUGCGUAGUGUACGCCACAAACCGAUGGUGUACAUUCCCAACCUGGACCGUAACCUCUCAGCGGAUGUGGCUGGCGUCGGUUCCUCCAUCAACUCACUGCUGGAGAGUGUUGGAGCGAAGACCCCAUUGUUAAAACCGACUCCUGCUCUGAUACCUACCUCAACGGCAUCCUCAGCACUGGCGGGAAAAUCACAACCCCGCACUCCGAUUCUAUCGCGCCCUAUGCCAUCCUGUCCACCGUUGGCCUACCCGAUAGCCAGUUCUCCUGUCACCAGUUCCACCACAGGAUCCAUCCGUACGAUGGCAGCUCCUCCAGCGAUCAAACGAUCUAUCACCACGGACAGUGGUAAUGGGGCUGCGGCAAAGGUGCCACGCCUUGAGCCACCGUCUCUAAUGCCUCCCGUUUCGUUGCUACCGGCCAAACAACCGGCCCCAAUUCAAGCACCGAUGUUCAACUUCGCCAAAGGAGCCAAUCGUGCCAAGGCUGCUCAGCAAGCGGCAGGUAUGGCACCCACUCAACCUGAGCACGUUCCCUACCGAUCGCCGAUCAGUGCGUCCUACACGAAGGAGAUCCCGUCGACGAAGAAACCCAUCCCAAAUCUGUUGCUUCCUCCGGCCACCGUUAGCGUUACGAAGAUGUCCGACAUCGUUUCGUCCACAUUGUCACCAUCCCCGCUGCAAGAUAAUGGGCGACCAGCUGUCGAAUUCCUGCGCAUACCUUCCAACGCACCCGUAGCUGAUAAGCCCAUGCUAGCGCCGUUCACUACGCCCAAGGUGAGCACAAAAACUACAAGACCUCCACCGGCCACUAUUCCACUGAUAAAGAUAAAAAAGCCCACGGUGCUGGGAAGUAAUGGCGUCGAGUCGGUACAGGGUGGAGUUAUUCCGCCCAGCAUGACUCCACUGACCCCUCCAAUGCGCCCAAAGGUACCUGUUCGGUCGGCUUCCGACCCAAUGGCAGGUAGUAACACCAACAUCCUGGAUCUUUCCGGUGGAGGAGUUACAGCUAACCGACGGCUGUCUGACGAUGUGAUCAUUCUGGAUCAUAGCCCAGCAAAGAGUAUCUCCGAUACUACCAAUCGUUCCAGAGUGGUUGAUAGUAACCGCGGCAAACCUUCCAGCACCGGUCUUCACUUCUCACCGGUGAAACGUUCGCCAGAGAUGCUCAACUUCUCAGCACCUACAAGCACCUCGGCGCUUUUAUCGCAGGCCCUACCUCCUGUCCAAAAGACGCUUGCUCCACUACCCAAGCUGACGGAGAUCAAUCGCCAUCGGAGUUUAACGGUGCGACAACCAAAUGCUUCCAUUCGGAGCAUUCCCAACCCAUCGGCGUUGGCUUUUCGAGGCGCCCAGUCGGGAGUUGCUACGACCAUUCCCAACACUCCCUCUUCCACUACCAUGGGGAUGCUAAUGGCCGGGUUUUCUGCGCCACCGAACCAACAAAGUAACGGCAACUUGACAGGUAGUAACCGUGCGAAUAGUAACGCCAUCAGCGCAUCGAUGACAUGUUCAUCGACAACAAUCAAAGCAAACACCGCAUCGCUUAGCAACGGAUCAGCAAGACAGGAGCAGCUUACACCAAUGAUGGGCAUCACCUCGGGCAAUGCUACCGUGAAGGGUACCUCUACCAAUGGUAACGCCGAUCCGAAACCACCACACAACGGUGCGAACGGUAACACCACUCACAACAACAACAACAACAACAGCAAAAUAGCCAACGCCAACACGGGUCUUCUUGCCGCCAAGAAAAAGAUCGAAACGGUAGCGGCCGUAUUGAAGGCAGCCGCCGCCACAGCCGACACAACGUCCCAGCGCAGUACGGCGGCAACAACCACCAAAUCUUCCACCUCGACGACAACCACUGGUGGAAUGAGAGAAGAAUCCAAAGGAAAGCCACAAAAGGAAGACACCACGCCGCAUCCAUCCGCGGCUGUAACUGCUGCAUCCAGCACAACGACGGCCGGCAGCGGUGAUUCGUUGUCAAUGGUAACGGUGUCUGCCGUAAAUCGUGCCGUCAACAACAAAACCCACGCGGAUAGUAUCGUUACGAGCGUUACGACCGCGUCCAUUGCGAGCGUUACUGGUACCAGCUCGAGAAACAGCCCGGCAAGCAUUGUGAACGUGGGGUAA